AUGAAAAAAGAAAGCUCAACAGUGUCCACUUAUAGUUAUGGGGCCUUCAAUAAUGGUAUUGCUGCUUUUGCUUGUGCCGGAUCGGUCGGUAUUAGUGAUGCCGGCGGUACAUCUAUUGCUGAGGCACUCAAAGUCAGCGAGACGUUAAACAAUUUGAAUUUGUCUGACAAUCGUUAUAGUGAUGCCGGUGCUACAUCUAUUGUUGAAGCAAUCAAAGCCAACAAGACGCCAACCAACUUAGAUUUGUCUUUCAGUGGUAUUAGUAAUGCUGGUGUUACAUCUAUUGCUGAGGCAAUAAAAGUCAACAACACGCUAACCCAUUUGGAUUUGUCUGAGAAUUGUAUUAGUAAUGCCGGUGCUACAUCUAUUGCUGAGGCAAUCAAAGUCAACAAGACGCUAACCCAUUUGGAUUUGUCGGAGAAUCGUAUUAGUGAUGCCGGUGCUACAUCUAUUGCUGAGGCAAUCAAAGUCAACAAGACGCUAACCCAUUUGGAUUUGUCGGAGAAUCCAACGGAUUUGAAUUUGUCGGUCGCCGGUGGUACAUCUAUUGCUGAGGCAAUCAAAGUCAAUAACACGCUAACCCAUUUGGAUUUGUCUUACAAUUUCCAUAAUAAUGCUAUUGCUACAUUUAUUGCUAACGCAAUCAAAGUCAACAAAAUGCAGCGAGACGUUAAUCAAUUUGAAUUUGGAUCUGAGAAUCAUAUUAGUGAUGCCGGUGCUACAUCAUUUGCUGAGGCAAUCAAAGUCAACAAGACGCUAACCAAUUUGGAUUUGUCUGAGAAUUGUAUUAGUGAUGCCGGUGCUUCAUCUAUUGCUGAGGCAAUCAAAGUCAACAAGACGCUAACUAAUUUGAAUUUGUCUCGCAAUAAUUUUGCUAUCGACGGUGCUAGAUCUAUUGCUAAGGCAAUCAAAAUCAACAAAAUGCUCAGCAAUUUGAAUAUGGUUGGCAAUGGUAUUAGUAACACCGGUGGUACAUCUAUUGCUGAUGCAAGCAAAGUCAACAAGACGCUAACCCAUUUUCAUUUGCCAAAGAGUUCUCUUAGUGAUGCCAUUGCUACAUAUAUUGCUGAGAAACUCAAAGUCAACAAUACACUAACCCAUCUGGAUUUGUCUGAGAAUUGUAUUAGUGAUGCCGGUGCUACAUCUAUUGCUGAGGCAAUCAGAGUCAACAAGACGCUAACCAAUUUGGAUUUGUCUGAGAAUCGUAUUAGUGAUGCCGGUGCUACAUCUAUUGCUGAGGCAAUCAAAGUCAACAACACGCUAACCAAUUUGAAUUUGUCUUCAAAUUGUUGUGGUGACGCCAGUGCUACACCUAUUGCUGAGGCAAUCAAAGUCAACAAGGCGCUAACCAAUUUGAAUUUGUCUCACACUAAGUGUGGUGACGUCGGUCAUACAUCUAUUGCUGAGGCAAUCAAAGACAACAAGACGUUAACUAAUUUGAAUUUUUCUCACAAUAAUUUUGGUGACGCUGGUGGUACAUCUAUUGCUAAGGCAAUCAAAGACAACAAUACGCUAACCCAUUUGGAUUUGUCUUACAAUUUCCAUAAUAAUGCUAUUACUGCAUCUAUUGCUGGCGCAAUCAAAGUCAACAAAAUGCUUACCAAUUUGAAUUUGGCUGGCAAUGGUAUAAAUAACGCUGGUGGUACAUCUAUUGCGGUGGCAAUGAAAGUCAACAACACGCUAACCCAUUUGGAUUUGUCUGAGAAUCAUAUUAGUGAUGCCGGUGCUACAUCAUUUGCUGAGGCAAUCAAAGUCAACAAGACGCUAACCAAUUUGGAUUUGUCUGAGAAUCGUAUUAGUGAUGCGGGUGCUACAUGUAUUGCUGAGGCAAUCAAAGUCAACAAGACGCUAACCAAUUUGGAUUUGUCUGAGAAUUGUAUUAGUGAUGCCGGUGCUUCAUCUAUUGCUGAGGCAAUCAAAGUCAACAAGACGCUAACCAAUUUGAAUUUGUCUCGGACGCUAACCAAUUUGAAUUUGUCUAAGAAUCGUAUCAGUGAUGCCGGUGCUACAUCUAUUGCUGAGGCACUUAAAGUGAAAAACACGCUAACCCAUUUGGAUUUGUCUGAGAAUCGUAUUAGUGAUGCCGGUGCUACAUCUAUAGCUGAGGCAAUCAAAGUCAACAAGGUGCUAACCAAUUUGGAUUUGUCUGAGAAUCGUAUUAGUGAUACCGGUGCUGCAUCUAUUGCUGAGGCAAUUAAAGUGAACAAGACGCUAACCAAUUUGGAUUUGGUUGGCAAUGAUAUUAGUCUAGACGGUGCUAUAUCUAUUGCUGAAGCAAUCAAAGUCAACAAGACGCUAACCAAUUUGAAUUUGUCACGCAAUAAUUUUGCUAAACUCGGUGGUAUCUUUAUUGCUGAAGCAAUCCGACAAAACUUCACGCUAACCCGUUUGUUUUUGGAUGACAAUCGUAUUGAUAUGGAUACAGCUACAUCUAUUCGUAAGGCAAUCCAAAUCAACGAAAUGCUCAGCAAUUUGAAUAUGGUUGGCAAUGGUAUUAGUAACACCGGUGGUACAUCUAUUGCUGAUGCAAGCAAAGUCAACAAGACGCUAACCCAUUUGCAUUUGCCAAAGAAUUCUCUUAGUGAUGCCUUUGCUACAUAUAUUGCUGAGAAACUCAAAGUCAACAAUACACUAACCAAGUUGGAUUUAUCUGAGAAUGUAAUUAGUGAUGCCGGUGCUACAUCUAUUGCUGAGGCAAUCAAAGUCAACAAGACGCUAACCCAUUUGGAUUUGUCGGAGAAUCGUAUUAGUGAUGCUGGUGCUGCAUCUAUUGCUGAGGCAAUCAAAGUCAACAACACGCUAACCAAUUUGAAUUUGUCUUCAAAUUGUUGUGGUGACGCCAGUGCUACACCUAUUGCUGAGGCAAUCAAAGUCAACAAAGCGCUAACCAAUUUGAAUUUGUCUCACACUAAGUGUAGUGACGUCGGUCAUACAUCUAUUGCUGAGGCAAUCAAAGACAACAAGACGCUAACCAAUUUGAAUUUGUCUCACAAUAAUUUUGGUGACGCCGGUGGUACAUCUAUUGCUGAGGCAAUCAAAGACAACAACACGCUAACCCAUUUGGAUUUGUCUUACAAUUUCCAUAAUAAUGCUAUUGCUGCAUCUAUUGCUAACGCAAUCAAAGUCAACAAAAUGCUUACCAAUUUGAAUUUGGCUGGCAAUGGUAUAAAUAACGCCGGUGGUACAUCUAUUGCGGUGGCAAUGAAAGUCAACAACACGCUAACCCAUUUGGAUUUGUCUGAGAAUCAUAUUAGUGAUGCCGGUGCUACAUCUUUUGCUAAGGCAAUUAAAGUCAACAAGGUGCUAACGAAUUUGAAUUUGUCUCGCAAUAAUUGUGGCGACGCCGGUGGUACAUCUAUUGCUGAGGCAAUCAAAGAAAACUACUCGUUAACCCAUUUCGAUUUGUCUCGCAAUCCUAAUUGUAUUAGUGAUGCCGGUGCUACAUCUAUUGCUGAGGUAAUCAAAGUCAACAAGACGCUAACCAAUUUGAAUUUGUCUAAGAAUCGUAUCAGUGAUGCCGGUGCUACAUCUAUUGCUGAGGCACUUAAAGUGAAAAACGCGCUAACCCAUUUGGAUUUGUCUGAGAAUCGUAUUAGUGAUGCUGGUGCUACAUCUAUAGCUGAGGCAAUCAAAGUCAACAAGGCGCUAACCAAUGUGAAUUUUUCUCGCAAUAAUUGUGGUGACGCCGGUGCUAGAUCUAUUGCUGAUGCAAUCAAAUUCAACAAGACGCUAACCCAUUUGUACUUGCUAGAGAGUGAUAUUAGUGCUGCCGGUGCUACAUAUAUUGCUGAGAAACUCAAAGUCAAUAACACACUAACCGAGUUGGAUUUGUCUGAGAAUCGUAUUAGUGAUACCGGUGCUACAUCUAUUGCUGAGGCAAUUAAGGUGAACAAGACGCUAACCAAUUUGAAUUUGGUUGGCAAUGAUAUUAGUCGAGCCGGUGCUAAAUCUAUUGCUGAGGCAAUCAAAGUCAACAAGACGCUCACCAAUUUGGAUUUAUCUGACAAUCGUAUCAGUGAUGCCGGUGCUACAUCUAUUUCUGAAGCAGUCAAAGUCAACAACACGCUCACCAAUUUGAAUUUGGUUGGCAAUGAUAUUAGUCGAGCCGGUGCUAAAUCUAUUGCUGAGGCAAUCAAAGUGAACACUCUAACCGAUUUGGAUUUGUCUGAGAAUCGGAUUAGUGAUUCCGCUGCUACAUCUAUUGCUGAGGCAAUCAAAGUCAAUAACACUCUAACCGAGUUGGAUUUGUCCGAGAAUGGCAUUAGUGAUACCGGUGCUACAUCUAUUGCUGAGGCAAUCAAAGUCAACAAGACGCUGACCAAUUUGAAUUUGGUUGGCAAUGAUAUUAGUCGAGCCGGUGCUAAAUCUAUUGCUGAGGCAAUCAAAGUCAACAAGACGUUAACCAAUUUGGAUUUGUCUGACAAUCUUAUCAGUGAUGCCGGUGCUACAUCUAUUGCUGAAGCAUUCAAAGUCAACUACACACUAACCAAUUUGAAAUUGUUUCUCAAUGGUAUAAGUAGAGCCGGUGCAACAUCUAUUGCUGAGGCAAUCAAAGUCAACAACACUCUAACCGAGUUGGAUUUGUCUGAGAAUCGUAUCAGGGAUUCCGGUGCUGCAUCUAUUGCUGGGGCAAUCGAAGUCAACAACACUCUAACCGAGUUGAAUUUGUCUGAGAAUAAUAUCAGUUAUUCCGGUGCAAUUUCUAUUGCUAGGGCAAUCAAAGUCAACAACACUCUAACCAAGUUGGAUUUGUCUACGAAUAAUAUUGGCGAUAUCGGUGCUGGAUUUAUUAUUAGUUGUUUGACAAUUGUAUUCGUCGUAAGGUGA